UCUCUUCGCAACAAAGGGAAAACCAACGAAUUCUCGACCUCGGGUCCUCUCGUUCUAGACGAAAGGGAAGACGAUCGAGGGCGGAGAGAAGGAGACUUAUGAAGAAAAACAAGGGCGAAGCAAACAAGUCCAGCCAGCAACGAGGACCCCCGAGUAUCUUGGAACAGCUUUAUCAGAAGAUCGAACGAAGGAGCGGCUGCUCUGAUGUGCUACAUGUUGCGCGGCGUUCUUCUUUGAACGGCGUAGUAGGCCGUUGUGAACCGACGUCGAAACGACCAGGGCUUGCGAAGAUUGGACGGCAGGGCUUGGCCCUUGUGGACGGCAGAAAGAACUCUGGAAGUUCGUCAAAUGUGACCCAUUGUCCACCGCGCAGCAGGGGCAACGUCAUGCCGUCAAUUAUCUCGGAAGACGACGAUCUGAUCGACCUUACCGGAGGUAGUUUCUUCGCCGAAAGUGAAAAACUGGAGGGAAAUCAAAACGAAAAUCAGGAAAGCAGUGAUGAUGAAGGUGAAACAGAGGAAGAGGAUGCUGAACUCUACACCGGCGCCUUGUGGUCGGAUUUGACAAAAAGCGACAACCAGCAGGUUCGUCAGACUAACGAUGCUUACUACAACGACGAGGACCCAUCCUCGACUCUGUACGAACGAUUUCUCCAGGAGUUUGCAGCUGCGUCAGGAGCAGUGCAACAGUUGAACACAGAGGACGAAGACGAAAAUACAAACAAGAAGCAGAGAAAAGAACAGCUCCGGGAGCUGCAGAAAAGGAUGCAGCAGUUGGAACAGCCGGAAUCAGAAGACUCCCUUGAUACAAACACGGACUCAUCAUCUGAAUCAGAAACAAGUGGAGACGAGGAAAGCGAUGACGGGCUACACUUGAAGGUAAUCAACCUGGCGAAGGACACAAGUUUCAUCGACGAGCGACAGUUUUCAGCCUCGCGCAGCAAGCUCACUCCACUGGCGAACGCGCGGGCACCAGGGCUUUUAUUUAAUGCUUCUAAGGCUCCUGCUCCGCAGCUGCAGAUGAACAGGAAUGGAAAAAUAAACACGGCAAACAGUAGAAGAAGCCCUUACAUGCAGCAGCAGUACCUGUUGUGGCUGAAAAAGCAGUCCGAGAUGACCCAGACCAUCAACAACCGAGCUGAAUACGCGUAUCAGCAGGAACUUCGGAAACUUCGGGGAGACGGAGAUUCUGCGUCUGCCGCAAAAUUUGACAAGAAUUUCGAGGCGAUGCUGAAAGAACAGAAAAACGCGGCGCGAUUAUUUCCGACCGGCGCAGAGGGUAAAACUAAAAACUGUGCUGGUGACAAAGAACUGCAGAAACUACGGGAGGAGGUAGAAUACGAACGGUUUCUGCAGCAAGAGCAGGAAAUAUUGACCGCAGAACAGAUGAGGAAAGAACAAAUGAUGAAAGACGACCAGCCUGACUUCUCGAAGAAAAUUCCGAAGAACGAGAUUUACGAGCUGCUGCAGCAGGGAAUAAAGCUUCCGCCGGAGUUGAUGGUCAGGGAAGAGAUCGUGGAGGGGUUGGAUGAUCAUGGGACGUCGAGAAGAAAAUCUGCCAAGAAGAGAACAUCAUCUUCAAAAGUGCUUGCUCCACAUCAGCAAGACGAGGGUCGUGAGUCUUCGCAUGUUGGAGAUCACUUCUUACCACAAGACACAACGACGACCCAAAUAAGUCCCGAGGAGCGCUUGCGAAUCGCUUUUUCCGACUUGGAAAAGAUUUUGAAACGGGGCAAUGGAGCGGACGAGAACGAAAAUGAGUCAGGCGAAAGAACAAGUUAUCAGCUUUUCCCAACAUCUCCAAACUCAGAAGGAGACACACGGGAAGCUGUAGAUUUGGACGAGGAGGGUGAAGAUGAUGGGAUGAAGAGCAGGAUGUUUCCAAGAUCGCUACGUGGUCCAAAACGUUCUUUCUUCUCCGCGGUGUGCCAUCCUGCAUUGCUUUCCUCAUCCGUAAACAAGUUCAAGCCCCGAGUCUUCACCGCUUGGCUUGCCAGACUACAAGUGUUGUCGAAGCGCAAGAAUCGGGAUGCGUGUCUCCGGGUGGAAAAAGCGUUGCCGCGGUUUGUGAGAGGGGGAACGUUUUGGAAAACCACUACCAAGAUGUUGAAGACGACUUCCAGCAAAGUAUCCAACGAAUACACUAGCUGCGCUAGCCGAAAGGGAGUGAAAUUUGUUAACAACCAUUUCAAACACCACUACCAUGCCGUCAAAACCAACAGCCGAAUCCGCUUACUCUUCCGAAAUCAGGUGUUGCCCCUGCACUACGGAAGGCUCAGAUUUCCGAAGAGAUUCGAGUACUGGCAGUUUGGACAGAACAGAGACACAAGUUUCUCCUCCGAAUCACAACUUUCUUACUACUAUCCGGAUUUCUGCUAUGACGACGAGAAUUGGCGAUUGUUCAAGAGGCACGAGUUUUUGAAGCAGCGGGCAGAGUUGGACAUGUUGAGGCAGCUGCAAAAAGCGAUCCGGAACAUUGCGGAAGGCACGGACGACAGCGUCGUCCUCGGUGGUGGUAGGUUGGAUGAGUUAGGUACUGAUUCCGAUGAUGAGGAGGUAGAUUUUCCCUGUUCAUCAUCCAGCGACGACGAUGAUCUUGGCGUUGCUUCUCGUAAGAAAUUGUCUACCGGUAAUAGACGUCAACCGACAAAAAUGUUCGAUGCUUCUGGCCGUCCGCAGCUGGCGAUACUGGGACGACGAGAUACUGCGGGUCGUGAUGUGUAUAGCCAGGGGGCGAACACGAUGGGCGAGAAAAAAUGCAAUUCUGAGCAGCAAGAUGCUACAACGCAGCACUACACCCACUUCCGCAAGCCGACCCCGGACUCGGCCGCCAUCUCUUUCGAGUGGCAGCAGAACGAGCAGCACCCGCUGGAUAAAGUUGGGACGAUCAUCACGCGGGCGGACGGGGCAGUGCUCGUGGUGUCAAACAUCGAGUAUGUGGAGCUCGCCGGGUGUGGCUUGCGACGCAAGAUUGACAUGGUGAAAGUGGCGACGGUUGUGGCGGAAAGAAUUGAAGAAGAGGAGGAGGAGGUGGAGAAAAUAAUCGAAAAUGCCAGCAGCUCAACUGAGGAGAAUAACGGCAAGGAAAAAAACAGCGGGCCACACAGGGGUCAUGAUUAUGCACCAAGGGCAGGCGAGGACGCGGCGCAGGAUCAAGGCGACCAGGAGGGAGAUGUUCUUGUUCUUGACACGAUGAACACGAAGACCGAGGAAGGCCUAACGGCUACCGGACUUCGCGCAACGGCGGCUCCGAGCGGCACCAGCAAGAACACCAAAGAUGUACUGAAAGUGGACGACGACAACGACGACCGGCAAGAAAUCGAUGAGCGUCGACGUCCCAUGUAUCGGUACAAGCUGCACACGCGGAGACCGGUUUUGCUUGCGGAGCUGGCGGAGUGGGAAAAGGCCAUUUCCGUCGAAAUGCUGCAAAAGGUCACCGCCUGGCAGGGGGGAUCUUACCGACGACUUGGGAACAAGGAGAGCCAGAAGUUCGCAGCUCGUAAAAGAACAGACGAAGACGAAAUGAUUGCAACAUCCUCUACUAGUACAACCUGCGAAGAGAAUGAGGAUGACGGCAAUCCAGUGCUUGCUGAUUUUGAUGACACAGACGAAGGAGAUGCCAGAUUCCGCGACUUUUUCGCUGUAGAGGAGUUUGAAAGUUUGACUUUUGACGAAGAACUUGAAAACGACACAAAGCAGGACCUUUACGCGGAGCCAGGGGAAGGACAGCUACAAGAUGAGGACAGAGCACCUACAAACGAUGGUCCGCUGCAGAGUAAACCAGGACCUACAGGUGGAGAUAAACAUGAAAUAACGGUGGAGACGCGUUUGGUGGUUGCAACAACUGGAACCAGCCCGGUCGACAAGCACGGGCAGGAAGAAGACGGAGAGGAUGUAGUUUGCGAAUCGGCAGCUGGUGGUCCUCCCCUUUUCGAGAAUCGGAAGCAGGAAAACGACAUUCUUGUGCUGCGCGUGCCAUGCCGUACUGAGUUUUGUAAGAAUUCAGCAUGUACAGGGUGUAUUUUAAGUUUUUUCUGUGUAGUAAAUGGCAUGAUGUAGUAGUCAGAGCUGCAGAAAAAGUUCAUGUCUAUUCAAUGAAUAACCCAUUCAACACAAACUAAACAGACGGCUGCGGUGGCGUACCCUGCACGCGGCAGUGGGCUGUGGACGAGGAUGAUGACCAAAUUUUCACUGUGUACCAAGACGGCCACGACUACGAUUGGGGGAGCCCUCCGGAGAUGAAGGGGGAUGCUGAUCAUGCACGCGAUCACUACUACCCUGAUCAUGUUGCAAAUCACGACUUUCCUUCCCGGCACGUCUGGAACCUGUGCACGAGCAUCACGCUGACCAACCUGGACACACACAGCAAGGACUUGCUGGAUUCACCCCACGCGAUUCUCCGCACUUUUGUCCCGUUGACCGAUUUUUCAGCAACUGCCUCCGGCUUCAAUUCCUUUUCCCCCUCCGGUCGGAAUGCGAAGAACGUGAGAAAAGUUUUCGAGUCGGAAAUCAAACGACAGGAAAAAAUCCAGCUGGCCGCGGCGCGAGAAAAUAAAGCUGCGGCGAUGCGGGAAAAUAAUAAUCGUGUUGAAGAUCUUCAGGCGGGAAUAAAUACUGAAGUAGAUACACCAGAAGAGACCACUCGAGUACCAGAUUUUCAUCCUGACAACCCCGCUCCAGAUCUUGACCAGCCGAACCUGAAGUCCGUCGUUGCGACCCUUCGGGCAGACUUCUCGCACGUCCAGAAGUACGGCUGUAGUAUCCAGGAUCGGAAAAACCUCGAGAACCAGCGGAGGAAAUUUGAUAUGGACUGCAAAAGUAUCGUAUUCGUAUGAAUGCAUUACAAAUUUCCUCAGCAUGAGACAGAGAAUCUGUAAUGCAAAUUUACCCUAAGAAAAAGAUUUGUAAUGCAUGAUUGCAAUACGAGUACGAUACUUUUGCACAGGAUAUUUGAAGAAAAGUACGAGCAGAACGAGUUGUGGAAGUUGUGCUUUUUGAAAGGCUUCUACGCAAGAAAAGAACUGUGUAACUGUAAAUCUGUGAUGCAGAAAAUGCAAAACAGUUACACUUGUCAUGCUCGACAUGCAUGAUCGGCUCGCUUCAUAUGUAUGUGUUUUCCUUCCUAUCUGCGCAUAACAAGUUUUUCCUGUCAUGGCAGACAAACUUGUGAUGCUGUUUUCGCAAGAGACUUGCACUAACACAGUUUUUUUGUUCGAUAGCUUCGAGUACCGGUUGCGACCGGCGACGCCCUACAACCCGUAUAAUUGGGACAACUACAGCGCGAAAGACGUCAGCGAUUUGAUGCUCUUUUCUAGCAGUCAACAGCUUUGUGCUAGUGGGGCAGGAGCUCCUUCGGGCACCCAUGGCGACGCGUUGUCAGUAAUGGCGCAGGAGAACUCGUCUUCGGGCGCCGGUUGUAGUUCUGCCACGGGAUUAUCGUCUAGUCAUACGCCGUCAAUUGUGGACAUGAGCAUGAUGAAUAGCUCGACCACUACUUCGAGUUUAUUCGGAUUCGGCUUGCUGCCAGCGAGGACCUUCACGCCGGGCGCGAAGAUGAAAACCGCAACAAUGACGACGAUCUUCAUCCCGCGAGCGUGGCGGCAGUUUGGACACCCGAAACAACUGUAUCACUCGGAUAAUUUGCUCCGACACAGAAGAGUGUUGUUGCAACAAGAAGGAGGAGGACCACAUAAUAGCACGCACGAAGGGCCGCCGCAACACCAACACCAGCUGCAAAAAUCGCUGCUGGCACUGCAGAACAGUACAGCUUGUGCCUCUUCUAUGCAGCCGAACGCGCAUCGCAGAACCCUGGACAGGCUUACUGGGUUCGAUGAGGAGCGAGCUUCCGACCGCAGGCAGGAGGGGUGGAGUAGGAAGUGCUUGACGGACAUCGAUUGUGAGAAAUCCGUGCAGGAGUUUCUUGCGGAAAUUGUGGGCAGUGUGGAACGGGAGAUCAGUGGGCCUGUUGUGGAGGACGAAGUAGGAGAACGAGGGGAGCCAGCUUCUGCAAACGAAAGCACAUCUGCUUCACACGAACAACACGAAGGCACGAUACGUGCAGGAGGUCGCGGUCCCGCGCGAGAUGAACUACUACACGGCGACUUCAUUUCUGAAGACCCUGAAGAGGUAGCGCUUGCUGCCGCAUCCGGCGGACAAGGACCACGUAUUUUUCCCCAGCUCCAGAGGACGGACAGCGCCAGCAGCUCCUCGUCUGCGGACGAAGAGGAAGUUGUAGUAGAUCGAAAUCGAGGUGGUGGUCUGCAAUUACAACAACUCUCGCAAGAACGUCGAGACCAGCACGACGAGCAGAACAACAACUACAGUCCUGAAGAGCUUGAAGCGAAGAGGCGGAAAGAAACGAGGAGAAAGCUGGAGAAAAGGUUCGGGGUUCUGUUCCAAUCCGAGGAGAAGCUGAGCUUGCUGCAAAGAGCCGUCGCGGGGCUGGUUCGGGAAGAGCAAAUGCGGACGCAAGAUGAGAAAAAGAAGGAGUUGAGAAGCACCGUUUUCGAGUAUUACAAUGAAAUAAGCCCCCACCCCAUAUCAAAACAAAAUUUCUGAUGCUGGAUUUGCGUGCACAAAUCUGAUUUGUCUUGCAGUAGAGGACUGCGGGCCCACAUCAUGCGAAUGUAGAGAGGUUCUGGCCUAGGCACUUAGCAUGGGGAACGUCUAUACUGUAGGACCAACAGCAUUGCAAACCGCCUGCAUAAUGGGGCGGAUCCCAUGCCGUUGCUCUCUUGCAAGACAGACGUGAUUUGUGGUCACAAAUCAGCAUCGCAAAUUCUCUGAGGCGAUGCUUUUCGAUAUGGGGAGGGGGAUCUUUCCUUUUGAUAUCGAAGCAAUUUCUCUGGAGAGUUUGGAGAAGUGGGAAGAGGUAUCCUGUGCAAAAGUAUCGCACUCGUAGUAAUUGCAUUUAUGCAUUACAAAUCUCUUUCUCAAGGUAAAUCAGCAUUACAAAUUCAAUUUGUAAUGCUGGGGGAAUUUGUAAUGCAGUUUAUACUAGUACGAUACUUUUGCAAUGCAUAAGAGGAAUACGAGAAAGAGAGGCUCUCCGAAGAGCAGAAAUUUUCGUCCGCCGCGUUGCUGCACGAGAGGAUGGUAGAGGAAGUUGGGGACGAGGAGAAAAUCGCCUUCAUCUUGAAGGAUCCUACUAAAAUAAAUGUUGCUCCUCCUCCUGCCGCCGGCGGUCAGCAAUUAUACAAUUAUGUCAACAAUAAUUAUUCCAAAACCGCCUCGUCCAGCAUGAACAAGCAGCAAAAGCACCAGUUUUUGUUUCAAAAAGCGCUCGAAACUGAAUCCCACCCGGCGAACAGCGUAAUCAACGACGAAAUUCAGAAACAGCUGCGCGUGGCUAUGACCUGCUCAAGCGUUACAAGAAUCUCAAACGUUACAAUAGAAUCUGGGAUGUGUCUUGCAGGAUGAGCAUGACAGACUCGCAGAGCGUUCCACUUUCUGCAAUACAAAUUUCGCCAGAUUAUAGUGCGGCUUGGAGCUCCGAAACUUGUCAUGCGCAAUCCUGUGGGAAGAGGCUAGAUCAUGCACUCUUGCAUCACAGAUUUCCAUAUUCUAUUGCAACGUUUGAGAUUGUAACACCUGAGCGGGUUAUAGUGGCCGAGGUGCGGGGGGAGAAAAAGAAGGACCUUCAAGCUAUUCACUGCAAAAAUGUCUCGGUCUGGAAGAGUGGAACUUGUAAUGCUGUCUGCGGAUUCUACAAAUAUCUGUGUUGCAUGAGCAGCAAGAAGCGUCCAGCUCUUGGCACGCACCAGAAAGGGCAUUUGUCAUGCGUGAUAAGCAUCAAGAAGCUCUCACAAAAUCUGUGAUGCUAGGACCUGCAUCACUGACCUCAUGGGUCAUGCAAACUGUGCAUGACAAACCCCGACUCUUCCAGACCCAGACAUAUUUGCAUAUGAUACAAGCGGAGCUGAAACAAAUCGCGGCACUGAUGAAGCAGGACGGGGACAUGCGGCGGAAAUUGGAGAAGUUGAACAAAACAGUAGCGCAGCGGUCGAAUAUCGCAGCGAGGAAGAACAAGGCGAAAAACAACUUGUACUAUGGCAGGAACAACAAUAAAAGCGGCUACAUCAGCAAUCUUGCGCCCAUUCCAGAGGGAAGUGAGAGCGAAAAUGCAGCUUCUUGCGAGAAACUAAACAAGCAGGACUUCUACAGAGACCACGGCGAUGUCGUGUCCGACGAUGAUGAUUCAUUAUUCCAUGAACAACAAAUUGCCUCCCUGAACAGCGACAAGUAUCUGUCCCAAGAAGCAGAGAAAAUCGCGCGGAAGCGGCAGAAACUCCAGACGGAGCUGCAGAACCGGAAGAGCAAGGCGCGCGCGCUCUGUCAGGAGUGCGGUAUUCCCGUGGAAAAUCUGCUAUUGGAAGAGGCUGGGGAGGAGCGAAAGCGGGUAGGGAAAGGGCUGACGUCGGGGACAGGACCACAGGGAACAACAAUUGUGAGUACUUCUUCUACAGCACCAGCUUCGAGAGCCAGUUUGUUCGCAGCAAUCGACGACUUGCGGAAGACAAAACAGGACCUAUACGACUACGGCGCGACGAAUCUCGAACUUCUGCUUCACAAAAAAACUUCACCGCAGUUCUUGAACAGUCCGGCUUGCGCCCGCGUUGCAACCACCGUCGCAGAAAAAGUCGAGCAAGCGGUGCUGGAAACCGGCGAGAAUCUGGCAGCUCUGACCGGCGGCACACAAGUGGUGACCACAACCAUGUCACCGGAAAUGUAUUUCCAGCAGGAGUUUUUUGGAAACGACAACGAGGCUGACUAA